AUGAGGCUCUUCGUAUUCACCAUCCUCCUGGCUGUCCUCCCAGCGGUCUCCACAAAAAGCCCCAUAUUUGGUCCCCAAGAUGUGAGUGGUGUGGUAGGUAACUCGGUGUCUGUCACGUGCUACUAUCCAGCCACCUCUGUCAACCGACACAGCAGGAAGUACUGGUGCCGGCAAGGACCCGGCAGCCUCUGCACAACCCUCGUCUCUUCAAAUGGCUACAUCUCCAAGGAGUAUGCAGGCAGAGCCAACAUCAUCAACUUCCCAGAGAAUAACACAUUUACGAUUAACAUUGCACAGCUCACCCAGAAUGACACUGGGAGCUACAAGUGUGGUCUCGGCACCAGUAACCGAGGCCUGUACUUUGAAGUCAGCAUGGAGGUCAGCCAAGGUAAGAAUCCAGGCUCCCUGGUUGACACUCAUGUCUACACAAAGGAUCUAGGCAGAAGCGUGACCAUUGCCUGCCCUUUCAAAAAGGAGAAUGCUCAUAGCAAGAAAUCCUUGUGUAAGAAGAUAGGUCAGACCUGUGAACUUGUCAUUGACUCUACUGAAUACGUGAACCCCAAGUACAAGGACAGAGCAAUUCUUUUUAUGAAAGGGACCAGCCAAGAACUAUUCAAUGUCAACAUUACUCACCUAAGACACAGUGAUGCUGGGCUGUAUGUUUGCCAGGCUGGGGAAGGUUCUAGUGCUGAUAGAAACAAUGCUGACCUCCAGGUACUAGACCCUAAGCCAGAGCUGGUUUAUAGAGAUCUGAGAGCCUCAGUGGCUUUUGACUGUGAUUUGGGCCGUGAGGUGGCAGAUGUAGCCAAAUAUCUGUGCCGGAUGAACAAGGAAACUUGCGAUGUGGUCAUCAACACCCUGGGGAGGAGGGAUCCAGCCUUUGAAGGCAGGAUCCUGCUAACCCACAAGGAUGACAAUGGCCGUUUCAGUGUGCUGAUCACAGGCUUGAAGAAGGAAGAUGCAGGGCAGUACCUUUGUGGAGCCCACAGUUCUGGUCUGCCUCAAGAAGGUUGGCCCAUGCAAGCUUGGCAACUCUUUGUAAAUGAAGAGUCUACCAUGCCCCCUAGUCGCUCCGUGGUAAAGGGUAUCACAGGAGGCUCUGUGGCUAUAGUCUGUCCCUACAACCCCAAGGAAAGCAGCAGCCUCAAGUACUGGUGUCGCUGGGAAGCAGACGGAAACGGACACUGCCCGGUGCUUGUGGAGAGCCAGGGGGUGGUGGAUGAACAGUAUGAAGGCCGACUGGCACUGUUCGAUCAGCCAGGCAAUGGCAGCUACACUGUCAUCCUCAACCAGCUCACCACCCAGGAUGCCGGCUCCUACUGGUGUCUGACCAAUGGUGACUCUCGCUGGAGAAGCACUGUAGAGCUCCAGGUUGCUGAAGGAAAGCCAAACCUUGAGGUGACACCACAGAAUGCGAUUGCUGUUCUCGGAGAGACCCUCACACUCUCCUGCCACUAUCCAUGCAAAUACUACUCCCAUGAGAAAUAUUGGUGCAAGUGGAGCAACAAGGGCUGCCACAUCCUGCCUAGCCAUAAUGAAGCAGCCCGCCAGUCCUCUGUGAGCUGUGACCAGGACAAUCAGGUCAUCUCGAUGACCCUGAACCCAGUCUCAAAGAACGAUGAAGGCUGGUACUGGUGUGGGGUGAGGAAAGGCCAGGACUAUGGAGAAACUACAGCCAUCUAUGUAGCAGUUGAAGAGAGGACAGGUGGGUCACGCCAAGUCAGCCCAGUGGAUGCAAACGCACCUGCAAAUGUUGCUCCACAAGAAGAGGUAGUUGACUCCGGUGUCAGUGACAAUGAGAACAAAGCCAUUCCAAACCCCAGCCUUCUUGAAGAGGAAGGAGAGAUAAACAGUGUGGGAGACCAAGCUCAGGAGAACAGAGCUGCUGUGGAUGCUGGCAGUGCUGAUGAACAGAAGGGGCAUUCCAAAAUCCUGUUCUCCACCCUGGUGCCCCUGGGUCUGGUGCUGGCAGGGGGUGCUGUGGCUGUGUGGGUGGCAAGAGUCCGACACCGGAAGAAUGUAGACCGGAUGUCAAUCAGCAGCUACAGGACAGACAUCAGCAUGGCAGACUUCAAGAACUCUAGGGAUUUGGGAGGCAAUGACAACAUGGGGGCCUCUCCAGACCUUCAGGAGACAGCUCUCGAAAGAAAAGAUGAAAUCGUGACUACCACUGAGAUUGCCACAGAGCCAGAAGAAUCCAAGAAGGCAAAACGGUCAUCCAAGGAGGAAGCUGACCUGGCCUACUCAGCAUUCCUGCUCCAGUCCAGCAACAUAGCUGCACAGGUCCAUGAUGGUCCCAAGGAAGCCUAG